GUUUUCUUGAGUCGGCAUCCCGCUUUUCACCUCAGCUUUGAUCCCCAGGCAGACAACUGCGUGUUACAUAGGUUGUCAGCCUUACCUUUUAAAGCGUAGCUAUUUAUUUCUCACUUCUCUGAACGUUUGUCAGUGUUUUGAUAAGAUGUAAACUGCCUUUGAUCUAACUGCCUUUGAUAUAAAGUAUGCAUUUUAUAUUUAACUGAUACCGGCUGUUUGACAUCUUAAGAAAUUACCUUUUGAAACAGCAGGAGGAGAAUCAUCACUCUCUCGAUAUGACAGGAAAGCACGAGAACAGAUUCGCUCAGGCUUUAUGUGGAUUUUAGAAUUUCCAUUGCUGGAGAUCAUCGAGAGCAGGUUCAGCAAACAUCUGCUGGAGGUGACAGUGAGAGGAUCCGAAGGGCUUUAUAUGGUGAAUGGGCCCCCCAGUUUCACAGAGAGUACAGCGUUUCAAAGAGACUCUGGAAAAAAUUGCAAAGCUGUUGCUUUUAGCAAGGAUGGUUCCCUCUUUGCCUGGUGCAAUGGAGAAAAAGUAAAUACUGUUAAUGUCACCAAUGCUGAGUUACUGCGUUCUUUUGAUCUUCCAAAGGCAGUUUGCCUUGAAUUCUCGCCAAAGAAUAAUGUUCUGGCAACAUGGCAGGUCUAUACAACUGCUAAAGAUGGCACAGCAGGGCUGCCCAACCUGCAGCUUUAUGAUGUGAAAACGGGAAAAUGUUUAAAGUCUUUCAUCCAGAAGAAGAUGCAGAACUGGUGUCCUUGCUGGGCAGAUGAUGAAAGCAUUUGUGCCAGGAAUGUAAACAAUGAAGUUCACUUCUUUGAAAACAACAACUUUAGUACUAUUUGCAAUAAACUGCAUUUGCAAAAGGUUAACGAUUUCGUGUUAUCUCCGGGACCACAGCCAACCAAGGUUGCUGUGUAUGUUCCGGGCAGCAAAGGUGCACCAUCAUUUGUAAGACUCUAUCAGUAUCCCAACUUUGGUGGUCCUCAAUCUGCAUUGGCCAAUAAAAGUUUCUUUAAGGCUGACAAGGUGACAAUGUUAUGGAACAAAAAAGCCACUGCUGUGCUAGUAAUAGCUAGUACAGAAGUUGAUAAAUCAGGAGCUUCAUACUAUGGAGAGCAAACUCUGCACUACAUUGCAACAAAUGGAGAAAGUGCAGUUGUACAACUACCAAAAAACGGUCCUAUUUAUGAUGUUGUUUGGAAUCCCAAUUCUGUCGAGUUUUGUGCUGUGUAUGGUUUUAUGCCUGCCAAAGCAACAGUUUUUAAUCUGAAAUGUGACCCUGUGUUUGAUUUUGGAACUGGCCCUCGCAAUGCUGCCUACUACAGCCCCCCCGGACACAUUCUAGUACUAGCAGGAUUUGGCAAUCUCAGAGGACAGAUGGAAGUAUGGGACGUUAAGAACUACAAGCUUAUUUCCAAACCAGUAGCAUCGGAUUCCACGUACUUUGCUUGGUGUCCUGAUGGGGAACAUAUCGUAACAGCUACGUGUGCUCCCAGGCUACGAGUCGGGAAUGGCUACAAGAUAUGGCAUUACACGGGCUCUGUUUUACACAGCUAUGAAGUUCCAUCAAAUGAAGAAAUAUGGCAGGUUUCCUGGCAACCGUUUUUGGAUGGAGUAUUUCCAGUGAAAGCUGUAAAAUACCAGGCAGUCCCAAGUGAAUUGCCAAGUCCUGAGCCACAACCCGCUCAAGCGUACAGACCUCCAGCCUUGAGAAACAAGCCUGUAACAAGUUCCAAGCUUCAUGAGGAUGAGCCACCUCAAAAUAUGAAACCGCAGCCAGGAAGCAGUGAAAAGCCACUCUCUAAAACAGCUCUCAAAAAUCAAAGGAAACAUGAAGCAAAGAAGGCUGCUAAGCAGGAGGCCAAAGCUGAUACAAACCAGGAAUCUACGCAGUCUUCAGCAUCCCAAAAUGCACCACGCAAUGCUGUGCCUGCUGUGACAUCAGGAGACCCUGAAGUAGACAAAAAGAUAAAGAAUUUAAAGAAGAAACUAAAGGCAAUUGAGCAGCUGAAAGAACAAGCAGCUGCUGGCAAACAGCUAGAGAAAAACCAGGUACUGUUAAGGUGUAUGCAGUUUGUUCAAGUUGGAUUUUUGCCGCGGUACUUGAUCCAUAGUGCUUUCAGUAAUGCUUCUGCUUAAAAUCCUGUAAGAUUAUAACCCUCUCUGCAUCCUUCCCAUUUCAAAAUCAGGUUAAGUAGAAGAAAUGACCUCAAACUUGUCUCUAGAGAGGCAGGGUCCCUAGCAGCAAGUAGCUGACAGAAUGCACAGAGAGCAUAUUUGGUGUUUGUUGAAUUGAUAUCCUUACCUCUGUUUUUGUCCAGCAGAGUCAUCAAGUGGGCAUUUGUGCCAUUGCCACAACUCCUGUGGGUUACGUAGAAUCAAACGCUAGUAUUGAUCAAAUAAUGCCAAUGUACAGUGGCUUUACUGUUGCGAGCACCCAUGCGUUACUCACUCUGACAUCCCUAUGCGCUUCUUGCAUGUGUGAUCACCACUUCUAGCCUGCCGUACUCUUUGGUUCAAGCACACGUCUAUGCGGUCUUUGGACUAAAUGUUGUAGACACAAAGACUGAUGCACAGCAGUUACCUUUGCAGUUCCUUCUCACUGUCUCCUCUCUGGGAUAGAGUACCUGUCGCACAGUGUUGGUGUAUACUUCCUAGCUUUGCUGGCUAAUUCAGAAGUUUUCUAAUAGCGAUAGAAACGGUGCCUUAGGUCCCAGGUUUGCAUGGCAAGGAUUAGGUUUUAGUUUGGAGAAGGUUAACUGUGUGGCAGGAAAAUGGGGAAGAAGGGAAACCUGAGAUUAGGGCAGAGAAGUCAGGCGAAUGUGAAAAACACAAGGGUCAUGGAGUUUGGGGUAUUUUCAGACUGAAGUCUGGGAAGCUGUGCCGAGCUGCUGUUGCAUCUUUCAGUAUUGCCACCAAAGGUGAUACCUGCCACUGGUGGUGCUCAAAUAGUUAACAGAUACAAAGACCUGGCAUAGUUAAGAAUAUUUAAGUAGCGUCAGCAAGUGGCCCGUUUUCCUCUCACCUUUACUAUUUCCCACUAUUUACUUAAGGAGUUACUUUGAUUA